AUGGGCAUCUUCGGCCGCCGGCGCAGCUACGGCAGCCCCAAGACAUCGCCGCAGGCGAGCUACCGGCCGCUCGACGCCGCGCCGCCGAAGAAAGGCAGCCCCCAAGCCCCAACAGUACAAGGAGCGGCCUGCCGCAUCUGCUUGAGUGACGAAGGUGAAUUAAUCACACCCUGCGCGUGUAGGGGCGACUCGGCCCACGUCCACGUUCAUUGUUUAGCGCGCUGGGCGCGUUCUGUGGAACCGCGCGUGGACGCGUGGCGGCGCUGCGGCGUCUGCCUCACAACUUAUGGAGGAGCGGGCGCCGUGGCGCUCGCCGAGGAGUUUUUGGAAAGGAGCCUGCGGAAGGAGUCUCAUUAUAUUCCGGCGGCGCGCCACGCGCUGGGAGCGGCGCUGCUGAACUGUGGUGAUUCGAGGGCCGCGGCGACGUUGGAGCGAGCCUUACGGGAGAAGCGAUCGUAUGGAGAAGACGGCCCAAAUGUUGCCGCGGUCUUGAAUGAUUUAGGCAUCGCGAGUGGCGAGGAGGAGCGCUUCCGCGAGGCCCUCGAGAUUUAUGCCCAUCGGAACAUGUUGGAGACCAAGGACGCGGCCUGCGCGCGCCUCAAUUUAGGCAACGCGCUUUGUAGAAGAGGCCGCUACCGCGAGGCGAAGCAUGAGUACGAACGGGCCCUCUCGGUUUUGACCCAGAUGCACCCUGGUAAUGACGCGGACGUCGCGAAGGCUCUCGGCAACCUGGGCGUGGUCUCGGAUUACAAUGGAGCGUACGACGAAGCUAUCGAUUACCACAAGCGGGCUUUAAAUAUGCAGCGCGCGGUCUUCGGCCGCGACGCCGUUACUAGUGACGUCGCGAACUCGCACGAGAACCUUGGGGUUGCUUUAGGCCACCGCGGCGACUACGUGGAGGCGGAACGUCAUCUGGAGACGUGCGUGGACAUGCGUCGUUCAUUACCUUCUCAGAACCGCGCCGUCGUCCGCGCGCUUGCGAAGCUAAACGAGGUGCGGGUGCGGAAAGCGCGCGAGUGCCCCCAGGCGCCGCAGCGGGCGCCGGCGGCGUCGCGCGUCGCCGCUCUGCCCCCGGGUGUUGUGUUGCCCUACCUCGCCGGCCCCCUAUAG